AUGUUCAAAUCCUUCAGCCUCUUGUCUUUCGUCUUCGCUGCGACUGCCCUCGCUCAGCAGACGGGUCAAACCACCCGUUAUUGGGAUUGCUGCAAGCCAUCCUGCGCUUGGUCCGGCAAGGCGAGUUGCAUAGCUGAUGUGACGCAACCGGUUCUUACUUGCAAUGCGCAAGGAAGUACCCUUACCGACCCCGAUGUGAAGAGUGGCUGCGAUGGAGGCUCCGCCUUUACUUGCACAAACAACUCUCCAUGGGCGGUGAACGACAACCUCGCUUACGGCUUUGCCGCUGUUAGCAUCUCUGGCAGCACUGAAAGCAGGUGGUGCUGUGCAUGCUACGAAUUAACAUUCACCUCUGGCCCGGUUGCUGGCAAGAGAAUGGUCGUACAAGCUACAAACACUGGCGGUGAUUUGGGCAGUAAUCAUUUCGAUAUCCUUAUGCCUGGUGGAGGUGUUGGCAUUUUCAAUGGUUGCCCAGCUCAGUUCGGUUCGUGGAACGGUGGUGCCCAAUACGGCGGUGUCUCCUCGAGAAGCGAAUGCAGCAACCUCCCAUCAGCUGUUCAAGCAGGUUGCCAAUGGCGCUUCGACUGGUUCCAGGGUGCCGAUAACCCAAGCAUCUCUUUCCGCGAAGUUCAGUGCCCUUCAGCACUCACUUCCAUCUCAGGAUGCUCGCGCCAUGACGGCAGUGGUCUCCCAACUGUUACGGCAGGGCCAUCAACGCCUUCGAGCUCAUCAUCAUCUGCUCCCUCAACCCCCACUACAACCACUACGCCUGGUGGUGGUGGCGGCGGCGGAGCUGCUCAGUACGCACAAUGCGGCGGCAUUGGCUGGAGCGGAGCAACCACAUGUGUCUCUCCUUUCACUUGCACUAAGCUCAAUGACUACGUACGUUAUCUCUCUCAUGGGACAAGACGAUAG